CGGCCGCGCGCCUCUGCUCGCCAGAGCGGCGGAGGCCACCGGCCGAGGAGGAGCAUGGAGCAUCGCACGGGGCGCCGAGCAGCGCCACGGCCGCCCGGCACACUUGCCGCCGCCUUCGGAGCUGCUGCUACCCGCCGCUGCUGCUGCCGCCUGUGACCCCUAGCCCACCACACCCGCUGUGCGCAUCCUCUUCUGCACGCAGCCGAGUGCUGUGACAUCCGCCGCCUAAGAUGCCGCUGCGGCUCGUAGGGCCCGCGCUUCCGCUCGUGCUGUUCGUCGGAGGCACGUCUACAAGGGCACGCCACCCCGUCCUGCGCGCCGUGUGGCUGGUGCCGCUGCUCAGCUGCUGCUGCUGGGGCGGCUUGGUGCUGGGAGCUCUGCCCGCGCUGGUGGAAGGAGGAGUCGGGCCCGUGUGGCGCGCCGUUUCCAGCUCCAGCUACUACAUCGCCGACGUGAGCUUCCCGCAGCCGAGAACCCGGCGGGCGUUCGUACCUUCACCUCCAUAUUGCCCCGAGACGGGGCGCACUGUUUGUACUCAAGUGGACGACUAUCCCACGGACUACAUCUACCACGUGCUGCUGGGCAGCAAGAGCAAGCACUUCAACCUGUCCACGCUGUUCUCGGACGAGCGACUGGGUGACUCGCAGCCCAACCGCGCGCUGCUGCCCGACCAGCCGCGCACCGACAGCUUCGCCGUGUACCAGACGGCCGUCCACUACGACUACGAACAGCAGGGCGGAUCGCCGCACCACCAGAGAGGCCAGCACCAGCAGCAUCGCAGGCCGCCGCCGCGCCAGCACCGAAGGCAGCAGCAGCAGCACCAGGAGCCGCAGUUCCACCAGCCGCCGCACCAGAACGGCGACGAUUGGGCCGACACCACGAUUGUGCUUACGCCAACGUUCGUCUACCACAAAAGAGACCUGGUGAAGCGGGCGCCCGAGGUGGACCCGGCCUGUCCCGUGCGCACCAUGUUCGUGUCGCCCAAGGCUGGGCUCAGCGACCGUUCCCAGUGGAAGUACGUGGUCAAUCUGCAGGACAGGGACCCUUCGGCUAAGCAAGUCAUCCGCGUCGACGUCUGCAGAUCCCCGGACACUGCCUGCUCGAACGCGAUCAGCUUGCCUUUCGGCUACACCAGCCGCUGCACGCAGAAGUACUUGAAGAAAAAGCUGCUCUCGCUCGACUCCGACGGCAGCGGCACGUCGGAGGAGAACUUCUUCGUGCCUUCCUGCUGUGUCUGUGAACUCGUCCGCGAUGUGGGCAAGAAGUAGCGCCCCUUCCUGGAUCGCGCGUGCCGGGGGCAGGAUGAACGGGGUGUGUGUUGAAGUGAAUGCGGAGAUCAGACUUUGACCGAAGUGGCUUCGAGAGUGACAUGGGAAAGAGUGGAUGGGAUGAACGAUCGCCGAGCGACCCGACUGCUGCCACGGUGCCUCUUCUACGUGUGUUAAUUCUGUACAUGCGCAAGGUAGCCUGUACACAUUUCCAUGCUUGUGCUCAUUUUCGACAUUAUCUUGAUAAAACACUGUACAGCGGCGGCGGCUGUCUGCUGUGCCGUGGGACACA